CUCAGCAAAGUAUUUAUAGGAGACUUUUCUGUUCUCUAUUCAGCACUGAGCCAGCCUGCCGAACAGGAGAGCCACCAUCCAGACUCACAUCACCGGCACCAGAUACACCGGUUCUCUUGUUCCAUCACUCUGCUAGUGCUCCAGUAUCAUCAAAAAUGGCUAGCACCUUCUCUAGAAUCCUGACAUCCAAGAAAUCGGCUGGACUCCUGGCCAUGGUCGGAGCCGGGUCAGUAGCAGCUGGAUACCUGAUGAGCAGAGAAAAACUCAGCGCUAGCGAGCAAAGAAGGAGGCUUUACCCACCAAGUGCAGAAUACCCUGACCUCCGAAAACACAACAACUGUAUGGCAAGCAACCUGACGCCAGCCAUUUAUGCCAAACUCUGUGACAAGACCACCCCAAAUGGCUUCAGCCUUGACGAAUGCAUCCAGACCGGGGUAGAUAACCCAGGACACCCCUUCAUUAAGACUGUGGGUAUGGUGGCAGGAGAUGAAGAAUGCUAUGAGGUAUUUGCAGAUAUUUUUGACCCCGUGAUAAAAGAGAGACAUAAUGGAUACGACCCAAGAGCCAUGAGACAUCCCACAGAUUUAGAUGCCAGCAAGAUUAAAGCUGGCCAUUUUGAUGAGCGUUAUGUACUGUCAUCUCGUGUUCGCACUGGAAGAAGCAUCAGAGGCCUAAGCUUACCCCCGGCAUGCACCCGUGCUGAGAGGAGGGAGGUUGAGAAGGUGGCAGCGGAAGCCCUUAAUGGCCUCAAAGGAGAGCUUACUGGACGCUACUACAGACUCAGCGACAUGACAGAUCAAGAGCAGCAACAAUUAAUAGAUGAUCAUUUCCUCUUUGACAAGCCUGUGUCCCCAUUACUGACAUCAGCAGGAAUGGCCCGAGACUGGCCUGAUGCUCGUGGCAUUUGGCACAAUAAUGAUAAGACUUUCCUCAUCUGGAUAAAUGAAGAGGAUCACACCAGGGUCAUUUCCAUGGAGAAGGGAGGAAACAUGAAGAGGGUGUUUGAAAGAUUUUGCAAAGGACUAAAGGAGGUUGAAAGGCUUAUCCAGGAGAGAGGCUGGGAAUUCAUGUGGAAUGAGAGGCUGGGAUAUAUCCUGACAUGUCCAUCUAACUUGGGCACUGGCUUGAGAGCUGGCGUUCACAUUAAACUACCUCUACUGGGCAAAGAUCCUCGCUUCUCCAAGAUCCUAGAAAAUCUUCGUCUUCAGAAGAGAGGAACAGGAGGAGUUGACACUGCCGCUGUUGGUGGCACAUUCGAUAUCUCAAACUUGGACCGCUUGGGAAAAUCUGAGGUGGAGUUGGCGCAGCUGGUCAUCGAUGGAGUGAACUAUCUGGUUGACUGCGAAAAGAGACUGGAGAAGGGACAAGACAUCCGUAUCCCAGCACCAGUGGUUCAGUUCAAGCACUAAUCCAAAGCUAUUACUGUCAUACAGCAAAAAAAAAAAAACAUAUGUGGCCUCAAGAAUGUAUAUUAAUCAUCACAACACAUCAGUAAAAUGGAACAUAAAUUAUACGUUGUGAGUCCAAGUGACUUAAUAUGGUGGACAGGAACAGCAUGCACCCUAUGGGCCUGAUUUACUAAGGGUAAGCUUGCCUGCCAGGUUGAUGAUCUCUAGUAACAUAACAAAGAUGCCUUACCCUAAUUAUUCCAAAGUGAAUGUGAUAUGUACAGAAUGAAUGUAAACGUCACAUACAGUACAUACCCAACGAAAGGUCUACGCAAACGUAAAAUCACAAAAAUGUAGCAUACAUCCUCAUUGCCAUAUCACCCCAUAUCCAAUUUUAUAUAUAUAUACACUGGUACUUGGAGGGGUUUAUUUUGAUUUAUUUACAAAAUUAUUUUUGUUACAAUUUUGAACAUAUUCCUGUUUUUACAAUUUUUUCUAAGCGUUAUGAGCUAGAAAUUCUUCAGAAUGUACUACUUAUCAAUUGCUUGCUAACUGAUCACCCACAGUAAACCACAUCAUAGAGAUCAUCAGCUAAGCCGUGUUGGCAUUGCUUACCCUCAUUGGCAGUGUGAGCUCAGAUCUAGUAAAUCAGGCCAAAUAUGUUGUACAGUGAUAUAAACAUGUUGUUGACAUCUCUGUGUAUAAAAAGCAAUUGUCACCAUGCUAAUAAAGUUCACUGCUGCCUAUA